AUAAACACUAAACAACGGUAUAGAUAGCAUUACAUCAACAUCUGAUUAAUUUAUUCUGUGAUCUGAUGUUAGUAUUCGAUAUUUCGAUCAUUCUAAACUCUGGUCUAUGAAGUAAGUAGUACCUAACUACUAAGUGUAACUGAACUCGAAAUUAAGAGUAGUUAAGAUAAAUAUUAUUUUUUUAUUAUUUCUGAAUGCUGCGGAACACUGUGCAUCGUAUACGAAUUACAACACAUUGAAGAAAUACAAUUUUUCGAGUUUGUAAUUUUUGUUUGAUUGUGCGACAAAUAUUUCAAAUUAAAAACUAAAUAGCUGUCAAAUAUGGCCCUAUCAAGUUAUAAACUGUUGCAAGACCUCAAAAAUUCAACAAACUACCAGUGUCUAACUACCGGUAACGACAUGGAAUGGGGAUGGGAUACCUUGGAAUCAACUACUGAUGUGAAUAUAUCAGACGACAACUUAGAGGUAGUAAUUCAUCCAAACUCUAGCCGGGGUACUGGAGCUGUUCGUGGUGAUAUGCCGUUUGUGCCCGGUCAUAUCUACUAUUGGGAGAUCAAAGUGGAUGGCUCGCCUAUGGCCACCGACAUGAUAGUUGGGGUUGGCACAAAAGAUUUCGACUUGGAAAGCUCUAAAAACGAAUAUACCAGUCUAAUAGGAUCAGAUAAAAAAUCAUGGGGAUAUUCAUAUAAAGGUGUUAAACACCACGAUGGAGAAAGUUUAAUCUAUGGUCAAAGAUACGAUCAGGGUGAUGCAUUGAUUGGAGUUCGAUUGGACAUGUGCAGAGGGACAUUGGAAUUUUUCCUUAAUAGAAUUCCAUUAGGUGUGGCGUUUGAAAAAUUGGAUAAUAAACAUCUUCUUUACCCCAUGGUGUGCUCCACUGCAUGCCGAACUUAUUUCACAAUAAAAUACUGUCGUUCAUUGCCAGUAAAUCUGCAACUUUAUUGUUUGCAAGCUUUUGACUCUAGUAAGAAUCCAUUAAUACCAUUUGGUAUUUUGAAAAUGGUAAUGGACUCUUGGUGGAUUCCUAAAUCCUUUUCAUCAUAACUUAACUUAAGGUUUUGUGAUUUUAUUUUUAAGAUUGUUAUUAAUGUUAUUUAUUACAUAGAAAAUUUAGUAUUUAAGAAAUGUUCUCAUUUAGAUAUAAAUAAGUAGUGUAUUAUUCUAUGCUAAUUUGUGAUUUAUUAACAACUAUUAACUAAUUAAAAAAUAACAUGAUGAACUUGGUUCAGAUGUAGUAAUAAAUUUCAUGUUUUGUGAUAAAUUUAUUAUUAACAAUGAUUGUUCCAAUUUAGUUUGAUUUAAUGUUACCUUUAAUGAGGUAUGUUCUAAAUUACAUUGAAAGUGCAUUAUAAUUUAGUGAAAAAAAAUCAAAUAAUCAAUUGGUGUAUUAUUUUACUCAAUUACGAUUGAUAAUAAGUCACAAAUGCAUGAAAUAAAAUUUACUUAGAUUUUGAAUAUUUAAGAUUAAUGAUAUUGAAUAAUUAUAUAUUAGCCUUAAAUUAUUUGUUUGACUAAUUCUAUCAUGUAAAUACAUAUAUACCAAUUAUAUAAUUGUCAACUUAUUUAAGUUACUAUUUUAGAAUAAAGAAUAUUUUGAUUCUUUUCUACCUUAAAAGUAAACUUAAAUAAAAAUCUAUUUGUAUACUACUAUACAUAUAAAUUAUAAUAAAUUUUUAGCUUAUUCCAUAAACGACAUAGACAUUAUUUUGUUUUAACUUAAUCUGAUAUUCUGAUAGCUUUAUAAAAUAUUUUAUCAAAUUUAGCUAAUAAAUAUAUAUUUUUUUAAGUAUAUAUUCCCAUUUAUACAUGUCCUAACAAAAAUGUACUCUUAUUUUUUGAAUGAUGUUUAAUAUUAACAAAUAGAUACAAUCAUAGUAUUAGUAUAGUAUUAUAUAUUUUUUGUAAUUUGUUCUAAAUAUAUUUAAGAAAAUAUCCGUAUAUUGUCAUAAGAAUAUAAGAUAACAAUUUAAUGUAUUUAUAUUAUACUUUACUAUAAUAUAUACCUACUAUGUAAACACAAUACUGCAGUAACAUACUAAUGUAACAAAUUUCUUUCAAAUAACUUGGAGAAAUAAUUUUAAAUAUAAAUUUAAUGUAAAUCGUUAUAUGUAUCUAUAAUUUAUACUAUAUACUAUAUUUACAAUUUAUUUUAAUUUUUAGAUAUUAUAUAAUUCAAAAUUAUACAUAAUACAAUAAUUAUUGACAGUCACCAUGUGUAAUAGUUUAAAUAAAAUGUGUGUUUAUGAA